AUGGCAAUAGUGAGGUCGAUUUACCGGGGUCCAGUUAUCAUUAUUGGCGGCGCGGGCUCUCUGCAUUACAAGAACGGCGUGCAGCUGUGUGAUGAUGAAGGAUUCGCGUUCAAGCACUGGUACACAUGGCCCUAUGUCCAUAUGGAAUACAUGGCAACCCGCAUGUUCGACCACGGACAGAUGGGAUUUGGUUACUUCAUCCGACUUUUCAAAUGGGCGAAGUCAAAUCGCGAGAAUCCGGGCUGGUUCUCGUGGCUCUCCAGACCCUGGGCAAAUCUGCUCCUGUGGAAAGCCAAACAAAUACUGACUAACCCGGACACCGUCGGGUUAAUUUUUUGCUCUCGUGUGACUCUGUCCAUGUGGGAAGGUGUCAAGGAUAUCCAGUGGUCUUUCCUAUCGCCCCCUUGGCAGCUACGUGAUAAAGGUCUUCGAACCGGGAAAUACGAGGUCCUCGUGGACGACUCUGCCGGAUCCGCCGAGCCUGCUAUCAAUAACGGAAUCUACAACGAGGAUAUGGCAGUAGCCAUUGUGGACGAGGUUGAGAACAAGAAGCUGACUCACAAGCAUUGGACCUGUACCGGGCCGGUGGGACUAAAGGAGUGGUGA